AUGGAUGCAGCUGUCCUCAUCCAGACAAACUCAAGUACAUCUAACUCAUGCACCGUGGAGUCCUCGGUGGAAAAGAACAUGUAUCCAACUGUGUAUUCCCUUUUUUUUAUUGUGGGAUUUCCGGCUAACUGUCUGUCUCUGUAUGCAGCCUGGAUGCUGAUGAGGAAUGGGAACAGCACGGCAGUCUACCUCGUCAACCUGUCCAUCUCUGAUCUGCUCUACACAAUCUCUCUGCCAGUUUGGAUUGAGCUGGCCCUGCAGAGGCCUGCGGGUGGUCUCUGCAGUUUGGUGGCUGUAAUCAUGUACAACAGCUUUUACAUCGGCUCAGGCCUCCUUUGCUGCAUCUCCAUUGACCGCUACCUAGCAGUGGUCUAUCCUCUCCACUUUCACUGGGUCCGAGAGGUGCGGACAGCAGCAGUUGUGAGUAUUGCUGUUUGGAUUUUGGAGAUUGCCAUCCACAUUAUCUUGCUUGACCACACAGGGGCGCUGCAAGCUUUCUCCUCAAGACACCUGUGUGUGGAGCGAAUACCUAUGACACAAGAAGAUGUCAACCUCACCCUUACACGAGUCACCCUGGGUUUCUUUGUCCCUAUGAUCAUCAUGACCUUUUGCUUUCAGCAGAUCAUGCAAUCACUUCAACAGAGCACCUCCAUCCUGGCACAGGAGCGCAGGAAAGUGGGACUGAUGUUGUUUUUCCUUCUUCUAACCUACAUAGUGGCCUUUGCACCCUACCAGACUGUCAUGCUGCUUAGGGCCAUACUGGAGCCCGGGGCCUGCGUCUGGGCCGCAAAGCUCAAAGAUCCAUACCUGGUCACAGUUGCCACGACCACCAUAAACAGUACAAUGGAUCCUAUAAUAUACUGUUUAAUCAAUGAGAACGCUAAGAACGAGAUUAGGAAAGCUGUAGAGAAAGGUAGGGGAGUUCAUUUGAGAAAAAGAUGGUCAGACAGGUCUACUGGAAUUGAGUCAGUUUCCUAA